AGUAGAAAUUCAUACAUAGACUUGCUUACUUCCACGUAAAUCAAUGGAACUGGAGAGACUACCAAGCAACUUGAUAAACGAAGAGAUUCUGGCGAGGUUUGAGUUAGAAACGCUGUGCACGGUGGCCUGUGUGAGCAAAGCCCUCCGCUUCUCCGUCGACACCCAAGUUCUUCCCUUUCUGUCCUCCCUCCAUUUCCCAGAAUCUCUGAUUCCAGAUGCCAACGCUCUUUACCAUGUCCUGAGUCGCUGCACCAGAAGAGGAAGAAAAACCCAUAGCCUUAAAACCCUAAACCUCAAUUGCCAACGCCUUCAUCAUUCGUGCCUUACUCUUUUAUUGGGUAAACAAGUGGAGCAGCUCAAUUUCUUUUGCUGCUCCUUGCUCUCGUCUCAGUUUCUUGUUUCUAUUGGAAAAAAUUGCCCCUUUAUCAGGGUGCUAACGCUAGAAUUGGCAGAUGGGGGAUUACCACACGUGUUCAACAGGGAUCUUGUUGACAUGCUUUGUAGGUGUCAUUUUCUGGAGUGUCUAUUUAUUAAAAUUCGAGGGGCGGAAGUUGAUGCAAAGGCUUUCAACUCCAUUGAAUGCUUUCUGCCCAAAACCAUAAAAUUGUUGAAGUUAAAACCGAUGCUUGAGGAAAAUGCAAUCUGUCUUGCAAACAAACUAGGAGUUGGUAUAAACUUUUCUGCAAUUGAAGAUUUUAGCGUCACUGUCUCUCCAACAUCAUAUGGUUGCACAUUACAGUAUUUGUCGCUUGUUUUAGAUGUGAUAUCUGAUAGGCUUCUUUUGACGAUCGCCAGUUCUCUUCCUCUUCUGGUAGAGCUGGAUCUUGAAGAUAGGCCAAACAAGGAACCAUCUCCUCACCUUGACCUGACCAACAGUGGGCUGCAGUCCUUGGGCUCUUGCCAUCAUUUGAGUAGUCUCUCUCUUAUACGCAGCAGGCAGAAUUACCAGGUAUCAUUUAAACGAAUAAAUGAUAUGGGCAUGUUUCUCCUAUCUGAGAGUUGCAAAAAUUUGCAGUCAGUGAGACUUUGUGGUUUCUCUAAAGUUAGUGAUGCCGGCUUCGCUUCUUUGCUACAGUCCUGCCAGAAGUUAAAGAAAUUUGAAGUUCGUAAUGCCUUGUUUUUGUCAGACUUGGCCUUUCACAAUCUAAUUGGGACCCAAUGUGCCCUUGUUGAGGUAAGAUUAUUGUCAUGCAACCUCAUAACCAGUGAAUCAGUGAAGAAAUUGAGUUCUUCUAAUAGCCUGGAGGUGCUAGACUUGUGUGGCUGCAAGAGCAUAGCAGAUUCUUGCUUCAGCUCCAUUUCAAGUCUUCAAAGAUUAACAUCUUUGAAUCUUACUGGAGCUGAUAUCACGGAUAGUGGUUUAUCAGUUCUUGGUCAGAGGAGUCCACCGAUCUCGUAUCUGAGCCUUAGACGCUGUAAGAGGAUAACUGACAAAGGAAUUUCGCUUUUGUUGUGUGGGGAAAUCGUGCGAACAUUGGCAGCACUAGAUUUAGGUUACCUGCCGGGAAUAUCAGACAAUGGAAUUUUUACGUUUGUUGCUGCUGGAAAAGAGAUUACUGAAUUGUCGAUUAGGUGUUGCUUUUACGUGACUGAUUCUUCAUUGCAAGCAUUGGCUACAAAGAGAAGGUUCCAAGAUGGGAGUAAGCAACUUAAGCAACUUGAUCUUUUCAACUGCACUGGACUAUCUGCUGAGGCAUUAUGGUUGCUAAAGAGCCCUUCAUUCAGUGGACUGCAUUGGGUUGGUAUUGGAGAAACACGUUUGGCAAGUAAAGGAGGUGCAGUUAUAACAGAAAUUAGGAAGGAACGACCAUGGUUGACUCUGUGUAUUGAUGGCUGUGAAAUGGGCUGUCGCGAUGGAUGGCAUUUACAUACAUUAGAAAGCUUUUGAUAUCCUUCUCUGCGAGUUAAUAUUGCCGCCACCAAUAUCUCGCACCGGUUUUAUGGAGAGAUUGAUGCAAGUAAAUGAGCCUUGGGCGGCUAGUUCUCUUUCUAUAGCUUUAGCUUAGCUAAGUUUGAUCUUUCUCCUUCAUUGGACCUGUUGGUAGUGCAUCAAUCCUCUUGUACACUAUGAUCUUACUUGAUUUGAACGACGCCAGGACAAUAGGCUUUUGUGGUUUUUGUGUUGUAAUCCAUGUUUGCUUGAAUUUUUUACAUCUGCUUGGAAAACAGGAAGUGAUCCUCUCACGAGCAAAGCUUAUUUGCUACUGUUGCCUACCGGAGAUUGGAAACGUGCCAAAGAAUUCCAUUUUUAUGACAUCGCCCUAAAUUCAAGCAAACAUCAAAACAUUUGCCAAAUUGACUGCAAAAAAUGUGACAUUCUAUGUACAUUGCUUUCAAACUACAAGAGUGGCAAAAUCUUAUGGAAAGGUCAGGGAAGAGGUAUAGACAAUGGAGGAACAAAAACGAGGUAGGAGAUAGGCUCGAGACAACACUGAUGGUGGUCCAGGUCCGGCCAAUGAGGCUUGUUCCAGGUCUGACAAAUGCAUUGAUGCUGAAUUCUGGUGGGUUGAGAAGUAUGAAAUCAUGCAGGAAGAGGAGGCUAAUGCCUGUCAAAGGUUGCCGCUAGGUAAGAGCGUCCUGUGCACAUUUGCGCCUGAGGCAUGUCUUUAACACCAUACCUGAAACACCACAAUCUACAAGCCUGACCGCCUGUUUCCUACCCUAAGAAAUAAACCCAAUGGCAGAUGUGCAACGCAAAAUAAAGCAGAUAUGAAAAUGUGGGCUAUUUCUAUUUCUUUCAAAUUGUUCAGUUAUAUUUCUUGAGCUUCUAUGUGCUAUGCACAUUCAAAAGAAAUAAAACAAAACCCAAAAAAAAAAAAAAAAAAAAAAAAAAAAAA